CUUCAAUCGACGUCACGAUAACUCGAGAGAAGUGACAAAGCCCUCCCUCCCCCGGUUGGUCGGGAAUCACUGCCAUCGUCAGCGGCCAUUGACUCGAACGGCUAGGUGCUACCCCCCGCGAGGAAUGAAGGGGAAUCUCCCCAUACAUCUCGUCCAUCUAGACGAAAGCCCUGAUUGCCACUCCCGUCUACUUUCCCCGCUCAGGGCCAUCUACGUCCGGCACUUGCUCGUCCGCACAAUGCCUGCUUCGAAGUAUGUCACCUUGAACACCGGCGCUCGGUUGCCCACCCUUGGUCUCGGCACGUGGAAUCCUGGAGGCCCAGGCACCGUAGAGCAGGCUGUUGAGGUUGCACUCAAGCACGGCUACAGGCUCCUUGACACCGCGCAAGCAUACUGUGCGCUCGUCCUGCUUGUAUCCUCUCGUCCCCUCGCCUGACGUUACUCCCGGCCCAGCGAACGAGAGGCAGGUCGGCGAGGGCAUCAAGCGCUCUGGUGUGCCGCGCGAGGAGAUAUUCCUCACGACCAAGCUCAACAACCCCGAUCACGCCGACCCGCUCGCAGCCCUGCACAAGUCGCUGGCCGCGCUCGAGACGCCGUACCUCGACCUCUGGCUGAUGCA